GAGAGAGAGGGGGGGUGGAGGAGUAGGAGGAGGAGGAGGAGGAGGAGAGGGAGCGAGCUGACUCGAGCGUCUAGAAUCAAUCAGAUGCUUUUUGCCUCUGCUCUCAGUCGCUGUGAUUCGCCGGCAGCGCAAGGAGCGGAGCCUCUGUGUGUGCCGCUUGUUUUCUCUCUCUCUCUCUCUCUCUCUCUCUCUCCUUCACUCUUUCUCUCCCCCUUUCUCUCUCCCCCUUGCUCUCUCAUUCAUUCCAUCCCCUGAUCAGUGGGUCUGAAUCACUGCAGCUCGCUCCACUCCUCUCUUCACCUCUCCUCCAAGAUUUUUAUUACUUUCACUCUCACCUCUCCUCAGCACCAUCACCCCCUCUCUCUCUCUCUCUCUUUCUCCCUGUCUCCCCUCCUUUCCAUAUCUCUCUUUCUCACUCUUUCACUCUGCCAUUCUCUGCUUCUCUCUAACCCAAGCUGUUUAAUAUCCCUGGGAAUGUGGCGCUCGCUAGCUUUGCUUCUGUGUGGAUUCUCAGCACUGGUGCAGGUCUCAGUGCAGGGCCCUUACCAGAGGACCCUGCUGAAGAACCUGCUGAAGGACUACAACCGUAUGGAGCGCCCGGUGGCCAACGACUCGCUGCCGCUGACCGUGGUGCUGUCCAUGAGCCUGGUGCAGAUCAUGGAUGUGGACGAGAAGAACCAAGUCCUCACCACCAACGUAUGGAUGAAUAUGAAAUGGUUCGACCACUACCUCCAGUGGAACCUGACGGAAUAUCCUGGCGUGAAGAACCUCAGGUUCACCACGGAUCAGGUGUGGACUCCUGACAUUCUCCUCUAUAACAGCGCUGAUGAUAAAUUCGACUCCAUGUUUAAGACCAACGUGCUCUGCAACUCCAGCGGCUUCUGUGAAUACCUGCCCCCAGGAAUCUUCAUGAGCACAUGUAACGUCGACGUGCGCUGGUUCCCCUUCGACAUCCAGAAGUGUGAGCUCAAGUUCGGCUCGUGGACGUUCGAUGGCUGGCUCCUGGACCUGCAGAUGACCGACGCCGACAUCUCUGGAUACAUGCCCAAUGGGGAGUGGGACCUUGUGGGCGUGCCGGGCAGCAGGAGCGAGGUGUUUUAUGACUGCUGCAAGGAGCCGUAUCCAGACGUGACGUUCGUGGUGACCAUUCGGCGGCGGACCCUCUACUACGCCCUGAACCUCCUCAUCCCCUGCAUGCUGCUCUCCUCCAUGACCCUGCUGACGUUCUUGCUGCCCGCCGACUCCGGGGAGAAGAUCUCUCUGGGCAUCACCGUCCUUCUCUCCUUGACAGUCUUUAUGCUGUUGGUGGCAGAGAUCAUGCCGGCCACUUCAGACUCCAUUCCUCUAAUUGGGCAGUACUUUGCCAGUAUAAUGAUCAUUGUGGGGAUGUCAGUCAUCGCUACUACGGUGGUGCUGACGUAUCACCAUCAUGACCCUACUGGAGGGACCAUGCCCAAGUGGGUGCAGUUGGUGCUGCUACAGUGGAUAGCCUGGUUCCUGCGUAUGAAGCGUCCGGGCGAGGGUGAUGACACCGAGCGCCCGCCGUGUGCCCCCCACCUUCGCCGCUGCUCCUCGGGCUCCCAGAGCGGCAGCCUGCCCAACGCCGUGCCCAGCUCCUCUGCCACCACCGACCUGCACCACCCACACAACCACCACCACCACCACCACUCGCCACACCCACUGAUGCCCCUGCACGCCCAGAACCUGCUGGUGGGGGCCCCACCGCAUCUCCACGCCCAGAGCAGCACCAACAACAACGCGGGCCUGCUCUACAUUGGCUUCCCCAGCCUGGACGACCCAGCCGUCUCUCCCCCGCUGGAGCCGCUCACCAGGGGGGGUGUCCCCACGGGGCCCCGGGUAGGCGGUGGUGGAGGGGUGCCCCAACACGCCAUCCCGGGCCACAACGCGGCCGCCAGUCCACCUCCACACCUUCCCUCCCAGUUCUGCAGCCCUCCGCCCCCCGUGCCCAGCCUGGAGACCCCGGGGUGUGCCAGCAGCGCCUCCAGCAGCGGGGUGGGAGGUGGCGGAGGCGUGGGUGGAGGGGCGUGCUCCUGCUCGGGGGCCAGCGGGGCAGGAGGGGACCCCCAACUGCAAGCCAUCCUGGAGGAGGUGCGUUACAUGGCCGACCACUUCCGCACCAUGGAGGAGAACGAGAACGUGGCGGACCAGUGGAAGUUCGCCGCCUCGGUCAUCGACCGCCUUUGCCUGGUGGCCUUCAGCGUCUUCAACAUCAUCUGCACCAUCUCCAUCCUCAUGUCCGCGCCCAACUUCGUGGAGGCCGUCUCCAAAGACUUCCUUUGAAGACAAACAAAAACGCAAGGACAUGGGGAACGAGGCACAGGUGGAGGAGGAAGAGGAGAGGACAGAAAAAAAAAAAAAAAGGAGUGGGUGUGCUACUGGCUAAAAGGCUACACAUUAGCCGCUGUGGCGCAAGUCCAUCUUCUGAAACCACAGGAGGAGCAGGGAAGAGGCA